UGGGGCUUGGUUGAUCAUGGAUGCUAUCCUGACUGUAGCCCGAUUGAUGACGUCAAAGGGAUGAAAGACGAAGAAAAGAUCGCAAUUGUUUCUCGGUCGCAUGCCGGAAAUGUGGCAGCGUUUCUUUCCAAUUCUAGUUUUGAACGUUGGAAGGUAGUCACUGCUGGCGGCUCUGGGUACAAAGCGCUUCGUGUGUUAAAUGGUACGGCCAACAUGUACAUUCACGUGACUGAUAUAAAGUUGUGGGAUUUAUGUGCCCCAAACGCCAUUAUUCGUGCCGCUAAAGGGUGGAUGACGAAUCUUGACGGCCUGGACAUAUCAUUCGGUUCUCAAGGCUCCACGGUUAAUGAGCGAGGCGUUCUGGUGACAAGGUCACAUCAUUUUUAUUAUUUGUCGAAGAUUAUUCCUCACGUUGAUGUUCUACUGUCAAAAAAUUAA